GUUGCCAUUUCAGCUGGCCCAUGUCGUUGCAGCAAGAGCUAUUUAAACCCCUCCCCUCCAAGUCUCCCACCCACGACUACCAUCACGAGAGGAUCCGUUCCACCAGCUCGUCAUCCGCUGCUUAUUCUCCUCUUCAUCCUCGCCGCCGACGUACCGGAGGAGGAGACCGGGGUCACCGUACGUCUCGCGGGUUCAGGAAUCAGAGGCGAACUGAAAGGAGGUCGUCGUCAUGUGCCGGUGGUUCUGCGGCAGAAAUUUUCAUCCUUCACAAGGUCAUGGUUCAUAUCACGAACGUGAAAAUGAAUUUCGUUCCCGUCCAGAUGAGAAAGAGCUAUGUAGGCGUGGAAAGAGGAAAGAAGAAAAUGGCUUUGUUUCCAAAAGUGAGACAGCAAAAGCACCUCCUCCCAUUGAAGUACCUGAAAUUUCACUUGACGAACUGAAAGGAAAGACAAAAAACUUUGGGUCAAAAGCUUUGAUCGGUGAAGGUUCAAACGGGAGAGUGUAUUAUGCUAUUCUAGACAGCGGAGAACCUGUUGCUAUUAAAAAGCUUGAUACUUCAUCAGACCCUGAGCACGAUAAUGAAUUUCUUACACAGCUCUCGAUUGUGUCAAGAUUGAAACAUGAAAAUUUUCUGCAAAUGCUUGGCUACUGUGUGGAAGGAAAUCAACAUAUGGUGGUCUAUGAAUUUGCUACAAUGGGUUCCCUACAUGAUAUUUUGCAUGGAAGGAAAGGUGUCCUUGGUGCACAGCCUGGCCCAGCACUUGACUGGAUGCAGCGGGUCAAAAUUGCUGUAGAUGCUGCUAAGGGGAUUGAAUAUCUCCAUGAGAAGGUUCAACCUUCGAUAGUCCAUCGGGACAUACGAUCUAGCAAUGUCCUUCUAUUUGAGGACUACAGAGCAAAACUUGCAGAUUUUAAUCUUUCGAAUCAGUCUCCUGACAUGGCUGCUCGUUUGCAUUCCACCCGUGUCCUUGGAAGUUUCGGCUAUCAUGCUCCUGAGUAUGCCAUGGCUAGCCUGCAAAGUCAGAAAAGUGAUGUAUAUAGCUUUGGAGUUGUCCUUUUAGAGCUUCUGACAGGAAGGAAACCAGUCGAUCAUACAAUGCCUAGAGGUCAGCAGAGUCUAGUUACAUGGGCAAUACCUCGUUUGACUGAGGAUAGAGUGAAAGAAUGUGUUGACCCCAGGUUGAAGGGCAAGUAUCCCCCAAAAGGCGUUGCUAGGCUUGCAGCGGUGGCAGCGCUCUGCUUGCAGUACGAAUCAGAUCAUAGGCCUAGCAUGAGCAUUGCCGUCAAGGCACUCUCUCCUCUUUUUCAGCAUAAACCUCAACCUUCAUCAGCUGUUGUGCCUAAUACAACAGAUGACUUUUGUAGUGCCGAUACAUCCUUUUCAGCAUGAGUUCACAGUACCCCUCCUUUUACCGAGUUCAACAGCUGGCUUCUGUUCUCGUUGAUUUUCUGUGUGGUUUUGCUGAAUGAUGGGUUGUCGCAUUCGUUUGGCCCAGGCGUGCGAGAUGUGUUUUCUUGAUGAUCACCUCAGUAAUCGUGUUCUGGGUUAUAUAUAGUGUACUGUGGGAAUUGGGGAAGGAUCUAAUAAUUGGUUCAUGGCUUGAUGUUCCUGGGUUUUCCUUUAUAUUGUGAAUUUGAGCUGAUAGUGCACCCACCGAUUGUAUAAACUGUCGAACCUAAUUCUUUUGGGAGACAAUGAGAAAUGCCCACAUUCUUGUCCAUUUUAUUAUACCCUUUUCUGUUA